UAAUUACUUGUUUUGUUGUGUUGACAGGAUGGGGUGUUUCGGGAGUAAGGAGAAGCUGUCUAAGGAGGACCUGGAGUUCCUCAAGACACACACGAGAUACGACGAACAGAUGAUCAAGGAGUGGUAUAAGGGCUUUAGGCAAGACUGUCCGAGCGGGCGUCUCACUCCAGACAAGUUCGUUGACAUGUACAAAAUGUUCUUCCCAUCCGGCAACGCGGAGGAAUUCUGUGAUCACGUGUUCAGAACCUUCGACAUGGACAAGAACGGCUAUAUAGACUUCAAGGAGUUCUUGCUGGCCAUCGACGUGACGAGUGCGGGUACGCCUGAGGAGAAGCUCAAGUGGGCCUUCCGUAUGUAUGACGUGGACGGUAACGGCGUGAUUGACGUCUCUGAGAUGACCAAGAUCGUCCAGGCCAUCUAUGACAUGCUGGGAACCAACUCUGCCAGUCGUCCAGCAGACAGUGCCGAAGAGCGAGCUAAAGCAAUUUUCUCAAAGAUGGAUGAAAAUAAUGAUGGCAAUUUAACUCAGGAAGAGUUCCUUAAGGGUUGCUUGCUAGACGAAGAGCUCUCCAAGAUGCUCACACCAGGAGCUUAAUUUACUUAUUUUACCAGAGGAUAAUAUUCAUACAAGAGCAUAGACUAGCAUGAAGCUACUGCACUGGUGGCUAAACAAGGAGAUGGUAGACAGCCCUCAUUACAAACAAUAAACAUUAGUAUCAGUAGGAGAAUUAGCAAGUUAUAGCCAUCUUGUGACAAACACCAAAGAUAAAAAAUAUCGACCAUGUCUUCAGCCGUGUAUGGUCCAUACUAAGAGCUAGGAAAUUUAGCUGAUCUGAGCACUAAUCUAACACAGUCAGUAUCAGCAGAGCUGUUGACACUCCUUUGGGUUAGCUAUGACAGGUUUGGGAAUUAAUAGGUACAUAUUUUGUGAUAGAUAUAUUGUGUGUAUGAGCUACAGUGUGGCCCUUGAAACAAACCACACCAAAAGGCUGUUAGAGAAGGUUUCCCAUAAAUAUUUCAUGUAUUAUCAAUAUUUCCAUGCAUUUUGGUAUCAGGGUGAUAACGUUUGUAUGUUUUCUCUUUAGAUUCUCUUAGGAAAGAUUUCAUAUUGUGAUCAUAAUGCAAAACUAUGAUCUGGCUCCAUAUGAUUGUUCCCAGAAAUUAGUUCACAAUUCAUGUCCUCAUGUUUAUACUACAAGCGGUUUUCAUUUCCUCAGUACAGUAAAUAUAUAUACAUAUAUAUACAUAUAUAUAUAUAUAUAUAUAUAUAUAUAUAUAUAUAUAUAUAUAUAUAUAUAUAUAUAUAUAUAUAUAUAUAUAUAUAUAUAUAUAUAUAUAUAUAUAUAUAUAUAUAUAUAUAUAUAUAUAUAUAUAUAUAUAUAUAUAUAUAUAUAUAUAUAUAUAUAUAUAUAUAUAUAUAUAUAUAUAUAUAUAUAUAUAUAUCAUGCAUUGGAAUACAUACAAUAGCACAGGGAUGCAAUUUAAUGGAAAAAAGUAUUUAAAGAUAAUUAGCAAUGAUUGUAGAAGUUUUGUCAGUGAUUGUAGAUUGUAGAUUAUGUAGAAAUUCUUCCUUAAUUGUGAGUUGUGAGGUUUCAUUGAGUGCACAAAGAUAAGUUAUACUGAACCCUUUUGUCCUGUGUACAAGGAAAGUUACUUUACGGCUAUCAAGUAGUUUACAGAUUGUUAAUUGUGACUGGAUCAGCAACAGGAAACAUUGAACAUAAAUAUGUAAAGCUCAUUUUCUGGUAAGUUUGAGCUGAAAUGAUCUAAAAUAAGAUUUGACGGUUGCUGGCUUACUCACAGCUUCUGGUCUGAACACUGACCAUUUAGAGUACUUUGAAUAAGUGAACUGUUAUAGACCUGUACAACGAUCUGAUAUUUAAAGACUUUUAUUAAUUUAUGAUAAAUCCUUGUCAGUAAACAUUUUUACAUUCUGAAAGUAUAUGCACUCAUUAAGGCUUCUGUUUACUGUGACUAGAUUAGAAAUACUGACCCAUUGGAGGUGGUUUCCCAGGCAUAUUUUCUUAGUGGUGAGAGGAAAGUAUGUCACUUUGGAUACUUAAAGAAGCACACAGACUUGUUGAUCUUAUCACUGCUGAGUGCUGCAGGCCACGUUUCAUCCUUCUCCAGGACAGUUUUGUUUUUCCAUGCUCCUUCUGAGAGGCAGUGACCAAUUGUAUAUAGCCACUAGCUAAUCAUCUUUGCAUCUUCUUCAGCCUAGCAUUUUUCUCUCAAGCACCCAGAUAGCUCCCCACUCCAGUACUCUGUAUAGUUCUACAGUAUAUGCAGUAAAUUAGGGGAACAUGGUGAAUAUGGCACUGGCAGGAUUCCACUUAACAACUUUUUCACACAAUACAAUACUGUACAGUACUAACAUGUUUGAACUUUAAUGGAUGGUAUUGUACAUGGUUAAACUCCAAUGAACCUGUGCAUAUAAUAAAUAUGCACUCUACUAAUGAAUAGUAUAUGCAGGAUUUUAUAAUUAAUUUGGUUAGAAGGCAAUUUUAUUUCAGUGUAGGAGUUGACAUAAGCUGUUUAAUUUUUUGGGGGGUACUAUUGAAGACACAUGAUUUGAUGAAGAUAUGAGACAAAUAUUUAUAACCAGCAAGUAUAUUAGGAUAAUUACCAGAAAGUAAUUAUCUAGCUAUAGAAAUUUUAUCAUUAUAUUUGCCUAAGAAGCAAUGUGCAUACAGUUUAUUGACUUGGUAUAAUACUCUAGUUAUAACCUUCCUCUGAAGUGUAUGUUAACAUUGGUGUCAUUGUAAUAUUUUGGGCAUUUAUUUAUUUUGAGGUUAUACAGUACAGUGUAGUAGUUUUUAUUUUUACAAUACAAUUUUUUUAACUCCCUAGGUUACAGGAUGUUGAAUGGAAUCCCUGUAAAUUAAUUUUGAAACUUAACACAAAAUUUUUCCCAAGAAAUCCUAAUUUUCACCCAAGUUUUUGACAAGAUAGUAGAGGUAACAUGCCACUCACAAAUGCCUCACUUGUGAUUCCUGCUGCCCUCCCUUACUUUCACUCCUUGCAAUCUUAGUAGCUUUUUGUAGCCUGGUUGAAUAAGGAUCACCACAGUUGGAGCUCCAAAGUAUUAUUAUAAAUCUGGUUGUACUCUUUCACAGUAAUGUAGCCAAAGUAUUUAGGUACAGUAAUAGAUUUUUUGUCAGAAAAUAAUCAUACUGACCACAUCCAUGAAGAUUUUCUUGACAUAGAAACAUGAUAUGAAUAACUUGUUUUAAUCAGAGAAUAUUACUAACCAGUUUUGAGUGUAUUGAUAAAUUCUGUAGAAGUCUGCUUGUAGGUUUUAGAAGUUAUACAGUAAAGCAGAAUUUGAAACGUGCUUACAAGGUAAUAUUUUGUAAUAUAGUGUACACUGGCAGUCCGAGUAAGCAGACAGAAUAGCUUUAACUUUAAAGACAUAAAAUUAUUGCUAUCAGUGUAAUUACUUCUUUUGUAAUGUGUGGCAAAAUAUAACAUGCUAAAUGCAGACUUUGGCAUAUUUUCUUGUAUAUUCAGAAGAGUAUUGUAUCUCUUUCUUUUAGUAUGCAUGUGUUUGUGUUUAAGGACAGCCGAUAGAGAAAAUCCAUUCCCCAAAUAUCAGGUAAUUAGUGUUAAAGCAAAAGUAUCACAAUUAUAAAGUUUACAUUUUGGUAUUUCAAGUAAACUUAAUGAAUAACGAGAUGAGGAAUGGAACUUCUGUAAGUUAAUUUUGCCAUUUGUUCUUUGACCUCUACACCCCUUUGGAAGCAGUGGCGAAUGUGAAUUAAAGAGAAAUGUGGCUAAGCCACAACACUUCAUGUAUUUAGACCUCAAAUGUAGUUUAUAAAUUGUUUACUUCAACUGUGGUAGAUAUUGCUCCUAGCUUUUGGCAUCUUUGUGAAAUGGUUCUGAGGAAAGCUUUGCAAGUUUGUGCUAUGCAGCUAUUGUUGUGGAAAUGGAGAAUGACAGCAUAUAGCUGUAAGGUUUCAAAGGGGAACACAUUCUUCUUCCCCAUAGUAGUUUUAUAUAUUUACACACACAUACAUACAUACAUAUACAUUUAUAGGUAAAACAGUAGACUACACUUAAUGGUUCCUAUGCUGAGUUGAAUUCAAGAAUAUUUCAGAUACUAUACUAGAAAAUUUACCCAUAUCCCCAUCUUCAAGUGGUGUGUGCACACUACAUUUUGUCAUGCAUAAAUGUGAAUAUAAGGGACAAAUAUUUUUAUUUGAUUUAUUGUUACACCACUUAUCAGCUUGCUAGCUGAUUUUUUUUCUUCUCAUUAUUAAUGUAAAAUGUGUUACAUAUGACAUACAGUGACACAUGCCUGUACUGCCAUAUGGUUAAGAUGACUUCAUGAAACUGAAUCCUAAGUGCAUUUAGUUCCUAAUUUAAGAAUGAAUCCAAUAUUUUUGUUUGAGUUAGAAAGUGUUGGGAUGUUGCUAGUACACAGGUUAUAUAGGGGACACAUUUGGCAUUGCUUACUGUGUUUCUCUAUGUGUAUUGUGUAUGUAUGUAUGUAUACUUUCUUUCUCCAUUUUCCCUCUUGUGUCAUUCCAAACAACACAACUCAUUUCUUGACUUAUAUUUUAUCAUAUUUCCUCCUCCUAGGGAUUUUUUUCUUAUUUUAUUACUGUUUUAACUCAUUUCCAAUAUGCUUCUUUAUUUUUAUUAAGUUUUAGAAUUAAUAUAUGUUAAAUUGUUAUUGUUAAACAUGCUACAUGUGUUAUAUCAACCCAGUAAUUGAAGGUUGCACAUUCCUAAAGCAAAACUAGGUAUUUUAUACUGUACCUUGUUUCAAAAUUACAUAAUUGAAGCAGUUAUUGAAUAAGUUUUUUGAAGCACCUUAAUUAUAUUCAGUAUCAAAGUUCACUCCAAAACGUGUGCAUCAAUCUCUGACCUAAGAGUAUAAUCUGCUGACAUGUUUUACAAAGAAUAAGAUUUAAUAUGUAGCCAACCACACAGCCUCAUAAUCAAAGAAGACUAAUCUCAGUCCAUCCCCCUUUUACUUUUGAUGGUGGGUUGCUUUCUUUGCUCAAUCAUACUGACUGAAUUUGCCUAAAAUUUAUACCUAUAAAUCUAAGUUUUCAUAAAGUGACUCUUUCUUUAUUCAGUUGUACUCAUUAAUUGAUUAUCUCUAAAUUUAAAUAACUCUAAGGGGAAUGUGGUUUAUUGUGUGCUAUUAUCCCUCUUACCAUAAUCUGGUGCUUAUACAGAUAUUGCUCAGCAGAACGUGUCUGCUCCGUUUUAGCAAGCUAUGUCUUUAUGGCAUGUUUCUUGAAGACUUAAUUUUGGGAACAGUUGUUAUGAUUAUAUUAUUUUGAGCUAAAAAAUUUAAAUAGCACCUGAGUCUUGCAUAACAAACUGUAGAGAAGAAUUGUAUUGACUUUCAUCAGUGAAAAGAUUCAGAAAGUUGUAAUAAGUAGUUUUAAAUGAAAGAAGAUACUGUAUAGGAAUAGCAAUAUAUAUAUAUAUAUAUAUAUAUAUAUAUAUAUAUAUAUAUAUAUAUAUAUAUAUAUAUAUAUAUAUAUAUAUAUAUAUAUAUAUAUAUAUAUAUAUAUAUAUAUAUAUAUAUAUAUUAUAAUUAAAAAAAUAUAGAGGGACAAGAUAGCAGCUUUUGAAAAUUAGAUUGGGUAUUUUAUGGCAGAUGUAACGUACAGUAUUUGUUAAUUUUAUUAUGAUAACUAGAAUUGUAUAUUUUUGUUUUAUGUUGGUUUAUUAUGCCAUUAUUUUUUUUUUUCAUGGUUAGGCAAUGGGCCAUUUCAUUCCAUGAAAUGUUUUCAUUAUGGGUGAUCUCUGCAAGGGUCUCUAAUGGGUGAUCAUAACACAAGCAUUCCAGUACAUAAGUCAGUCCUGGUGUGCUGUAAAGGGAGUGUGCAAGCAUGUUUCCUCAGUCAUUUCCACCCCAGGAUGAGACUUGUGUAUGUGUAAAGUCACUUACUUUGUUUUGCCACUCUUAUGUGUACUCAUUUUACUUUUCCUCCAUGGAUAACCAUUCCUUAAGAAUUGUCUCACAUUCCUCCUCCUCUUGAGACAUUAUUAUUUUUAGCUUAUCCAAAUUAUAGAGUAAGUGGCAUAUAAAGAAUCACAUUUUCUUCACAGAAAGGUUUUAUGUAAUAACUGUUCCAAUACUGUAAUGCACAACCUUUGUUCUUUGCUGAUUACUGAUUUAACGCCAACUUCCCCACCCUUCUGUGAUAUAGUUGUUCUUGUGGCGUGUGUGAGCAUCUACAACUGUGUCUUGUGAAUGUGACCCCAGAUAUACAUGAUUGACAUGACCCAAGACAUUGCCAUAGAAAAAGCUUGGGUCUCAAGGUUGAAUAUAUUGUAGUUAUAUUUAUGUCACUUUAAAUAUAAAAUAUUUCCUGUGCUUCUUAGUAAGACAGAUUAAUCCUGGACUGAGUUUUAUCAAAAUCUCUGCACAAAAAGUAUAUUAAUAUUGUUUUCUAUUUCAGUGACAUUUCUUAUAACUUUUUUUUUCAGAUUUGGCUUUUCUAGAGCCCCUUUUUGAUUUUCUGAAGUGUUAAUUAUGACAAAAUAAGUAUUCAUGUCCAAGUCAUUUCCAAAAUUUUCUUUGUUUAUUUGCUUUGCUUGGCUCAAUUUGUAGUAGACAAUCUGCACAAAUGGUAAUACCUGUAAAUAUCAUAGUAGGAUAAGGGAUUGUGCCAUGCUUGUAACACUUUUACCCUGAUUUUCAUCUUGAAAUCUGCAGGAUUUAAGCCGGUGUUGAGAUCAGUGGCUUGGGUGUCAUGUAUUAUAUAGCUACAAGUGUAAUUUUUGAAGUAAGGUAGAAAAAAUCAAGUCAUAAAGUGUUUAUAAGUGCUGAUCUCUCCACAAGACUGAUACGGUUUGUUUCCGUCAUCAUCAGAGUUUUCGGGAAUGUCUUCGGCAUGACAUUCUUUGGAUGAUAAGUGCUUAGUUAUUAAUUAUGAUGAAGCCUGUGGUGAAGAGCCAUUAGCUCAAAGAAUAUUCUGUAUGUACACUAGAAUAGUUUUGUUAAGAACCUAUUUAAGUGUUCAUUGUCGCUAUUGGUAUGAAUGAAAAUGUAGCAUUGAAUAUCCUUCAUAUUCCUUCUCACCUGUAGACAGAGCUGCAACCCAAUCUUGUCUUUAUUCGUGUUGGUGAUGAGAUGAGGAGUUGUGAGUCUGAAAUGGGACGGUAAUAAAAGUUAUUUUCCUGUCAUAGUAUAGAAUUUUCUUGUUCAUUCUGCCAUAGAUAAAGUAGUUGUUCACAUUACAUUCAACACAAAUGAGAAAAUGCAGCUACACAUAAUUAAGUCCAGAGUAAUGAUGUAGUAAGACAUUGUAAUCAUGGAAGUUCAGUUAUUUUGUAUUUAAGUUGUCAUAUAAGAAAAAAGUAAUGUUUAUUGUUUUUUUUCUAUGUACGUGUGGUAUUAUAGUUAUAUUUAAGAAUGCUAUGCUAAGAACUCGGUUAGCUCGCACAAUUUGUUUGACUUUAUAAAGACAGUUGAGUACCAGUGUGUUGAUUAUGCCGGCUAUGAUACAUCUUAGUGUGAAUCAUUUUUGAUGGGCAAAUCACCUCUUUGUAAAGUUAUUUCAGUGAGUGCAAUACAAACAGGGUUGUUCGAGAGCACAAACAUGGAGUGAUGUAAAAGCAUUGUUCCUUUAUCUCCAUUUACAAAUACAGAAUAACAAAUUGCAGUUGAUUUCUAGAAAUCUAGAGGAGAAAAAAGUGUAGCGUGAGUAACCGUGGUUCACGUUUCUUUUGUCUGUAAUGAGAGUUAUCCAAACCUGGCUUAUGAGGUUUGGCUAUAAAUAUAAAUGUACAAAACGUGUAUAGUGUAACUUAAAGUACCGGUACAUGUCAGCCAUGUCUUCAACAAAGUACAGUAUGUUGUAGUUGUACAUUAGUGGAAAAGUUUUCAGAAUCAUGAGAUGUACUGUUAUAUUCUACUGAGAAAUCAUGAAGAAUGUUGUCAAUGUAAUCAGUCUAUAAUCUCAGUGUGAAAUUAAAAUUGAAUACAAUUCUUUAAUGAAAGGAAUAUACUGUACUGUAGUAUGAAAACUUUAGCUAGAAUUAUUGGACAUCAUUUCAUAUUUAAUUAUUUACUUUUAUGGCAAGUACAGGUACAGUAUUUGAGUUAUUGAUAAACAGUUGCUACUUUAAAAUGCUGUACCAGGGUCCAUUAGUGUAAUUGCUUGUGGAAAGCAUAUGACAUCUGCAGUUUUAGAGAGGUUGUAAUUGUGUUUAGUUCUUGCAAAUGUUGUUUAUUGUUUCUUGAAAUAGUGUGUGACAAUUUUACACCAUUGUUGUCAUAGAUAUAAAUACAGUAUAGUGUUAAUUAUCUAUUUUUGAAGAAAAAAAUAAUGUUUGUGUGUUAGUUACUAAAGUAAGAAAUAUUUCCAUAGUAAAAGAAAGAAAUUUUUGAGUGAAAUGUAAUGUGAACUGCAGAAGGGGUUGUGAAGUGCGAGUAAACUCAAAUUCUUUCAGACAAAUAUUUAUUAUAAAAUACAGUACUGUGUAGGGUACAGUAUAUACUGUAUUAUAAUACGAGUCAACAUUGUAAAAAUCUGAUUUGAAGACAAAGUGUAAAUAAAGUUCACAACAAUUUAUAUUAUGGGCAGUGGUGGGAAAGAAGAAGUCAGUCGACACUGUCUUUACUAUUGACAGUUUGGUCAUCUUUGCUUAGGAUCAAAUUUUUAUUACAGUACCUGUUAAGGCUCAUCAUUGCUGAUCUCGUCACACAUUUUUAAUUGUACUUGGGUUGCACCAGCCUUGUUGGAAUAUAAACUUAUAUAAACCUUGUGUUUUUUUUCCAGUAAUAAAAAUACUUGAAAUUUUA